AUGGUACAAGCACGGAAGAUCAAGUAUGACGUCACUGGUCUGACUGAGACAAGGAGGUAUCAAUCACAUCACGCCAGUUUCGACACUGAAAAAGAACUUUUCCUUAAAACAUGUGACAAAAAAAGCAUCGGAGGCGUCAGUGUCCUUGUCAAAACGAACAUGGACAUGAGCAUUGAUUCAUUUGAAUGGGAGUCUCCCGGUGGACAGUUCCACCACAAAAUUGACCACAUUGUUUUCAAUCAAUGGUUUUGCCUGACCAAUGUUACCGUUGUCCCAAAAUUCCAAACGGGAUUGAACCACCAUCUUCUUCGUGCAAAAUUCUACUUCACAGAACGGGAAGAAAAGGCUGCAAGGUUUAAGAAGAGAACUCCCAGAACGACCAACUGGGAGCUCUUUGGCACUACUGCUGCAACAUGGAAAGAUGCCGUCAUUGACAACAUUGACAAGGAAUACGAUCAACUGGUUCAGCAACUCCAUGAUUGUGUGAGGAACGCAAAGAGAAAAAUGGCCACAAAAGAAAAUUCUUUACUUAUUCACCAACGUGAUUUGGCACAUGCCUCAGACAAUCACAAGCAGACUUCUGAGCUCACAAAGCAGUACAGAGAUGAGAGAAAAGAAGACCUCAAAGGGAGAAGAGCAUUGGUGCUGGCAGAUGUGGCAAGAGCUGGGAAAAGCAUUCACAAUGCCCACCUGUCAUUAGCCAACUACAAGACCAAGAUGACUGCCCUCCAACAUUCUGAUGGAUCUAUCACAUCUUCCAGAAGGGCAAUGGAGAAUAUUAUUCAUGACUUCUACUUGUAUCUCUUUGAUAGCCAUGUCCACCUGCCCACAUAUCAAAUUCCGCAGGCAGCAGUGCCUACACGGGAAGACACUUCUAGAAGGUUCCAGAAUCCAAAGGCAUCAGCCGUCUCUCAGAGUGACCUGGAGGACCGUUUUGAAGGCAACCGUAGCCACAUCUCUCCCGUGAGGAAGAGGCGCUCCCAGAUCACUGCACUUCUCAGCUCCCAGGCGGGCUCUUCGGUGCCUUUCCCCAUCACUGGGUCUCCGGGGUCCUACCUGGAGAGCGGGCGCCACCAGUCGCCCAACCAGCAUUGA